AUGCAUCAGCCGGUUGAUGAGGGGGCGAGGACUUUCACUGGUUUCUUGGGUACGAUUGCACGGAAACCCCACAUGUGCCCGAUUAAAUACCUUGAUUGGAAGGCCUUGCCAGAAAAACUUAAAGAAGAGUGUUGGCGUCUUGUAAAGCGAAAAUACCAAGUCCUUGAUAAUCCUAAGGCAUAUGAGGGUUUGAAGAAAUUUACCUUACAAAAAAUUGGGAAGGCUUGGAGAGAUCAUAAGUGUAGGCUGAAGGCUAAGCAUUAUAUACCGCAUUCAAGAAACAAAGCACGGGUGAAGAGCAACCGACCUAGGAAAUGCAUAUCAGAAGAUUGGGAUAUACUUGUUGAUCAUUGGUAUACUGAUGAUGCAGUGAUAGAGUCAGAUAAGAAUAAGGAUCGUCGUUCUAAACAAGAUGACAUACAUACUGGUGGUUCGUGUGGCUAUGUUAUGCACGCUGCAAAAAAGGCAAAAACGGAUGGACAUCCUAUAGAGCGUGCAAUAUUAUUUCAAAUUCUACGUACUCGUAAAGAUGGAUCUGCAGUUAAUCCUGUAAUGAAAGAAAAAAUGGAUAAAAUGAAGGAAUUGUUGGUUGACCCUAAGAAUCAAUUGCAGUCAUCUGACAGAAGUGGGAGUAUUGCAUGGUCAACAGAUGAUGUGUUUGCCAAAGUGAUGGGUAAAGAGCGCAAAGGUCACAUUCGUGGGGUAGGAUUUGGUGCAACCCCAAGUGGUCAAAGUAGCAAGACUAUUCUCACGGACAGUGAAAUACAAUCAAGUCAAGCAAGGGAUAGCGAAGUUGCCCAAUUGAAGGCUUCCUUGGCUACUAUGGAGGAGAAACUAGUAGGUUUUGACAAAAUGAAGGAAAAAAUUAGUCAAUUCAAAGAAAUGGAGCAAAGAAUGGAGCAAAGAAUGGCUCGCAUGCUUCAACAAAUGCAACAAAUUUCUACACAAUGCAAUCAGGAUGCUCCUCUGAUCGAACAAUCUCCAGCUCUCUCCAAAUCAUCAGCCGCAUCUCAUCAACCAAGAAGCUUAUAAGUUUUAUCUUAGAGUUCUUGGACUUUUUUGUGUACAAAGAACUAUGGAAGAACAACCGCAUUUUUUGCAAGUGUUGAAGGAUAUUUUUAAACACUUUGGAACUUUGAUUAUAAGAUUAGAUUAAUUUGGGCGGUUGUUUUAUUCAAAGGACCACAUCUUUUUUUUUUUUGUUAAUUUUAAGAUGGUGGUUAUAGAUAAUGUUAUGUAUUUGAUAAUAUAUUUUUAUGUUAAUAUUAUGUUAGUUUCAAGAUA